GCUCGCAGUGCUCUGGGGGGCGGGGCCAGCCGCUGCUCGGCAGCACAGCGGAAGAAAAUGGCGGCCGUGGCUGCAGAGCCAGGAGCUGCGGCGGGUCCUACAACAACAAUACCUGCGGGGACGGACGGAGAGGGCCCUCUAGAACCCGGCCAGCUCGGUACCGCACUACUAGGACGCCCGGAAGAAGGCUAUGGGGUACGUGAAUCUGGCCCGGCUGAGGAGCUGGUCGUGCCUCGGGUGGACGAUGGUGGGGACGAGGAGGAGCGCCGCCAUGUCAGGCCGGAGCUGCAGCCCGCGGCGGGAAGGGAGCUCUCUGAUACAGAGGACCUGAUCCAGAACGUCCCGGGGGACCGGGUCGGCACGGACCAGUUUUCUCUCGGAUUACCGGGAGACCCAGAGGGCGGCGGGAACGUCUCCUGUAGCCUCCUGGUAGACCCACAGCCCUCUGCCGUAUUCCUGCACUCAUUCCCGGCCCCGCCGCCCGUUACUGAGGCCGGACUGUCGCUGCAGGAACCGGCGGAACCGACUACCAACGGGACCUCGAACCGGGCCGAGGUCGCAGGGCGGGACAGGGGCUACAAGACCCUGGUCCAACCCGAGCCUAGGCCCGGAUCCGUUGAGAACGUGGUGCUGUCGGUCCCGGACUGUCCGAACCCGGAGCCGGGGUCCGAGGAGCUGCUGUGCCGCGGCCUGCAGGACUCCUCCUCGCCCUGUCGGUCCCCCAGCACCUCCCAGACCGAGACCAGACCAGAACCUGGUCCCUGUGUUCCACAGCUCGGCUCCGUGCAGGACCUGAGUCCCGGGUCUGAGGUUCGGGUCUCCCUGGACCACGUGAUCGAUGACGCGCUGGUGGUGUCGUUCCGGUUGGGGGAAAAGGUGUUCUCCGGGGUUCUGAUGGACGUUUCAAAACGGUUUGGACCGUACGGUAUUCCAAUCACUAUGUUUCCCAGACGAGAUGACAGAAGUCGACCUCAGCUCUCUGUGCCGUCGCUGCCGAUUGCCAAUGACGACCGUUCCACCAAACAGGAAGAGGUCAGCCCUGCCACUACGCCCCCUCCUCACCCAUGGACCUCCAAGCCACCGCCACUUUUUCAGGAGGGGGCGCCAUAUCCCCCUCCUCUGUUCAUCAGGGACACGUACAACCAGGCUUUACCUCAGCCGCUGCCACGCAAGAUCAAGAGGCCGAAGCGGCGCUAUCGCUGUGAGGAACCAACCUCCAUCAUGAAUGCCAUCAAGCUCCGUCCCCGCCAGGUGCUCUGUGACAAGUGCAAAGGUGUGGUGGCAUCAGGUGGGCACAGGGAGGCAAGGAGGGGUACAAUUGACCUGAGAGGCGAGGAGGCAUCCCGGCGGAGGAGACAAACAGAGGCACCGAUGUCCUCAGAGGUGAAACGAUUGAGGAGUGAUGACAAAGGAGGACGUCCAGCCCCAGACCGCCGCUCAUCAUCAGGGAUACGGCUGUCAUCCACAUCCACAUCCUCAUCCUCAUCUCGCCGUGUGCUGAAGGGCAUGGCCUCAUCUUCGUCCAGCCGCAUGUGUCUGAACUCUAAGAAGGUUCUGAACAAACGUACUGCCAUGGACCGCUCCAAAGCUUGCCCCGUCCUCAACAAGCUGCCCACACCUCAACGCCAACCCAAAGACCAGAACCAGGGUCAGACUCAGAACCAGAGCCAGGACCAGGACCAGGACUGCACCAAGGCUGUGACCAGAGCUGCUGCCCUUCAGAACCACAAACAGAAGGUCCACUUCACACGCCGCCUGCAGAACCUGGGUGGCACUCCUGCCAACUCGCCGCUCCCACCCAGAAUGCGCAUAAAACCACAAAGGUACCGUACUGACGAGGGCCAGGAUCCGCCCUCCUCCCCUCCUAAACAGAGUGUUCGCACAUCACCUCCCAAACCUGCUCUAAACUCCGCCCCCACAGCCUUAACUACCACCCACACCCCUUCCACACCAUCAUGCCCCCCCCCUAAGUAUGUUUCCAUGGAGACACAUGGCCUCAACCUCCCUGAGGAGAAGGAGGCAGAACAGGUAAGAGGUGGAGAUGAAGGGCAGGUGGAGGAGCCUCCCCCUCCCUCCUCCUCCUCCUCCCUGGACUCCUGCCACUCAGAGUGCAGCUCGACAGAGACCUUUGACCUCCCACCCCCAGGAGACCCGCCCUCCUCUUCCUCCUCUUCCUCCUCCUCCUCCCUUUUGGGUCCUCAGUGCCCCUCCUCUUCCUCCCCUGCUGCCCCUCUUCUCAGGGCUGAGUGUGAGGAGACGCAGGCCGGCGGUGAUGAGGAGGAUGAGGAGGGUGGUGAACUGAAAAGGCAGAAAUCAUCCACGUCCUCCUCCUCCUCCUCGUCUUCAUCGUCCUCCUCCGUCUUCUCGAAGCUUGUGUCCAAGUGGUCACUCCCUGACGGCCGUAUCGUGUGUGUUGGCGACAUCGUCUGGGCCAAGAUCUACGGCUUCCCCUGGUGGCCGGCGCGUAUCCUUGGAAUCACGGUGGCGAGGCGCGGCGACACGGGGCUGGCAGUGCGGCAGGAGGCGCGGGUCUCCUGGUUCGGCUCACCCACUACUUCCUUUCUGCCGCUCGGCCAGCUGUCUCCCUUCCUGGAAAGCUUCCAGUCUCGCUUUGACAGGAAGAGGAAGGGGCCGUACCGCCGGGCCAUUGCCGAGGCUGCUAGUGCAGCCAAACAGCUUACACCAGAAGUCCGAGCACUGCUCACACAGUUUGAGACGUAGCAUUGGCUUUCACUGCUAGCAACUCCCUAUCCUACCCCCUCCAGAUAAGUCCCGUCCCCAUCAGACAAGCCCCACCCCUUUUCCUAGAUUGAUACUUGUCUGUCAGAGACUGAUGCAGAUAUACAGACAUUGUUUCUGUCUCCUGUUCUGAUCUUCCUGUUUUGAGGAAGGGGCAGAGCUUCUGAGUUACCCGUCAGUGUUCAGGGGGGCAGUGGGCGGGGCUUAGUUUAAAGUAGGUGUCAGCCAGCAACAGCUGUUCCCUCACCGUUACGUUAUUAUUAACCAUAAUACACUCCCAUCAGUUUACUGACAUUGAUGAUGUCAUAACAAUGUCAUCAGACCACACCUACAGUAAACUGAAGGUGUUCAUCAGACUGUGCAGAGUGCAUCGUGGGAAAUGUAGGAUCCACUUUCUCUGCAUAAUUCCUCUGACAGUUGAUUGGCUGACAGUGCUGAUAGAUCUUGCUGUCACAUCGACAUCAUUAAUUAAAAAAUAAGAAUUUAUGCUUUACUAGAGCAAAUCAAUGCUAAGCUAGGCUUACCAUUGCUGUCAGCCAUAUUAUUUCUCUCAUUGAGCAUAAUCUUUAAAACUACCGUUCUGUGGUCCUCAAUAUUUGUGUUUUGGCACGUCUCUUAAAAAUGUCUGUGUUUAUUUUUUGUUUUUGUGUUGCGGUGACCUGGAACGCUGACUGGCUGACGUGUCACUUCUCAUUUGUACUUUGGGUACUGUCGAAGGACAAAGUUUGGUUUGCUUCUCGAUUAAAAUAAGAAACUGUGAAAAUCAUAUUGUUGUCUAAACUGAAGCUUGAGUCCUACACAGGGCCCAGAUAUGGUCACGUGAUUGUCAGGUGAUAGUCGUGACCAUCACGUGAUGGUCGUGAUCAUGUUUGACAGCAGAUUAUACUCUGAUCAGUUAUUCAGAUUUUUAACUGAAGCUCAAAGAUGUUUUAAUGCGAUGUCUCACUCUGUCAGAGACUUUUAAGCCUCAGUUUGUCGACAUGAUGCUGACAGGUAGGACAGGUAGGAAACACUGACUGUUAGACAGCUGCUCUGCUCUCAUGAUUAUGAUGGUGAUGAAGGUGAUUUUCCCUCUCUGCUGUUUGUAGUUUCAGCUGUCAGACUCUUUUUACCGUCUGUUUGCAGAUCAGAGAUCCUGAACUAAAGCUGUUUGGACAAAAUAAUGGUCUGACCUGUGUACAUGUUCUUUUUUCUCAUGUUUUAAAUCUAUUAAAAAAACUGUCAAACUUUU